GUGAUUUUGUUGGGCGAGACGAAGUUGUUGAUAUUUGAGAGAGUUGGAUAUAGAAAAGAUAAAAGAGUGAGAUUUGAGUGACGGAGGAACAUUGGAGUCCGAAAACGCAAUCCAAUCCCAUCCCCCUAUCUCUCUUCCUCCCGAAUCCAUGGUACCUUGUUCCGUCACAUCCCCUUCGUCACCGUUCACUGCAAUCAUCCCACGCCACACCUUCUUCUCUCGCUCUUCCUCUCUUCCCCUUCGCCGCGCACGUGCUUUUCCCAUAAACUCGCUCUCCAAUGGCUCCUCCUCCCAGUUCAACCAGCAACUCUUCCGGCCCCGCGACCCGCCGCAGCCCCGAACCCUCUUCCCCGGCGGCUACAAGAGGCCCGAGCUCAAGGUCCCCACUCUCGUCCUCCAACUCGAUCCCGCCGAGGUUCUCAGCGCCGACACCGACGCCUUGGCUUUGAUCGACAGGGCCGUCUCCAAAUGGGUCGGAAUCGUCGUCCUCGCUAGCAACGAAGCCAGCGGCGGCAAGCUCUACGAGGCUGCAUGCUCGUUGAAGUCCCUGAUUCAAGACCGCGCCUAUUUGCUUGUCGCUGAGCGCGUUGAUAUCGCCGCCGCCACCGCCGCUAGCGGAGUUUUGCUCUCUGACCAAGGCCUUCCCACCGUUGUUGCUAGAAAUACGAUGUUGGAUUCAAAGUCUGAAUUGGUGGUUCUUCCCUUGGUUGCUAGGAUUGUUCAAACCGUGGAUGCUGCGGUGAAUGCGUCUAAAUCAGAAGGUGCUGAUUUUCUUAUAUAUGGUGGUGGUGACCUGAAUCGUGUUGGUCAGGAAGUUGGUUCUCUGUAUGAGAGUGUGAAGAUUCCUAUUUUUGUCUCGUGUGUGAAAAACAACAUGUCUUAUGCUGAUGCGUCGGGUUUGCUUGCCUCUGGUGCUAGUGGUUUUGUUACUAGUUUGGCGAAUUUUGGUUUGUUUGGCGAUGAGUUCUUGCACAAACUAUUUGGCACUGUGUAUGCAAGUGAUGAUGGUGGGAGGAUGAGUGAGAAUAAACUGAAUGUAGAUAAUGGUUUUCAGAGUGAGACAGAGGUUGUGGCUGGGUUUGUUAAGCUGGAGGAUAGGGAAAAACUAUUAAUUGAAACAGAGAGAUUGGUGUUGAAUGAAGCUAUUGAAGUUAUCAAGAGGGCUGCACCUCUGAUGGAGGAGGUUUCACUUCUUAAUGAUGCGGUUUCUCAAAUUGAUGAGCCAUUCUUACUGGUUAUAGUGGGGGAAUUCAACUCUGGUAAAUCUACUGUGAUUAAUGCGCUUCUUGGAGAAAGAUAUCUCAAAGAGGGAGUUGUUCCAACAACUAAUGAGAUCACAUUUUUACGAUAUACUGACUUAGAUAUUGAACAACAACAGUGUGAAAGGCAUCCAGAUGGUCAAUAUAUUUGCUACAUUCCUGCUCCAAUUCUUAAGGAGAUGACCAUUGUUGAUACACCUGGAACUAAUGUGAUUCUUCAGAGGCAGCAGCGUCUUACAGAGGAAUUUGUACCCCGUGCAGAUUUACUUCUUUUUGUCAUUUCUGCUGAUCGUCCUUUAACUGGAAGUGAGAUUGCUUUUCUUCGUUAUUCUCAGCAGUGGAAAAAGAAAGCGGUUUUUGUCUUGAAUAAAGCUGACAUAUAUCAGAAUAAUCAUGAGCUUGAGGAAGCAAUGUCCUUCAUUAAGGACAAUAUACAGAGAUUGCUGAAUACUGAAGAUGUCAUAUUAUAUCCUGUAUCUGCUCGGUCUGCUCUUGAAGCAAAACUUAUGGCUACCACCAAUGUUGGGAGGCUAAAUGAAGAAUUAUCAACCUCUGAUUCUCAUUAUGGUGCCACCAGUUUCUUUGAACUUGAAAACUUCUUGUAUAGCUUUCUAGAUGGGUCAACAAUCCCAGGAAUGGACAGAAUGAGGCUCAAACUUGAAACACCUGUUGCAAUUGCAGAUAGACUAAUUUCUGCAUGUGAAACUCUUGUGACACAAGACUACCGAUAUGCCAAGCAGGAUUUGGCUGCAGUAGAAGACAUUGUUAAUAAUGUAAAUGAUUUUGCUUUGAAUAUGGUAACUGAGAGCCUUUCUUGGAGGAGACAAACUCUGUCUUUGAUUGAAACUACAAAAUCACGUGUCAUAGAGCUUGUUGAAGCUAAUCUGCAAUUGUCAAAUUUUGAUAUUAUUGCUUCAUAUGCUUUCAAAGGAGAAAAAAAUGUAAUGCCUACUACCUCAAGGAUUCAGAAUGACAUAAUUGGUCCUGCUGUCUCCGCUGUCCAGAAAAUUCUAGAAGAAUACGGAAAUUGGUUAUAUUCCAAAUAUACCCAACAAGGGAGACUAUACAAGGAAUCCUUUGAAAAACGAUGGCCCUCCUUGAGCCAUGAAAGUAGUCAGAUAAAUUUUGAGACGGACCAGUUGCUAAAGAAAGUGGAUCAAGCUGGCAGCCAGGUGAUUGACAAUUUCAGCAGCAAUGCAGUUUCUAAGUCAUUUGAGCAAGAAGUACGGGAAAUGAUUUUGGGGACUUUUGGUCAACUAGGUGUGGCUGGUUUAUCUGCUUCGCUACUGACAUCUGUGCUGCAAACCACCUUGGACGAUCUUCUUGCUCUUGGCAUUUGUUCUGCUGGCGGGUAUCUAGCUAUAUCAACUUUUCCAGCUCGUAGGCAGAAGGUGAUAGAUAAGGUGAAAAGAAAAGCAGAUACCUUGGCAUAUGAACUUGAAGAGGCCAUGAAGAAGGAUUUGACUGAAGCCAUAGAAAAUUUGGAUACCUUUGUGAAAGUCCUUAGCAAACCUUACCAAGAUGAAGCGCAGAAUAGACUUAACAGGCUAGUAGAGAUUCAAGAAGAAUUGUCAAAUGUUGAGAAAAAACUUAGAACGCUACAAAUUGACAUUCAAAAUCUUAACGUGUCAUGACUUUGGACUAUCCAAUUACGUUAUUGAAACAAAGGAAAUCCGUCCUUUCUAACAGUUGUGUACCUUACCGACUAUCUUAGCCUCACAAUUUUGGAGUAUAUUAUUGGCAAUCCGAUUAUGCGAGUGGAAAAUUGUCAACUCUGGUAAUAAAAAGAAAAGAAAAGAAAAUUGUCAA